AGUUGGGUGUCUAGAAAAUAAAGCGACUGGGACAGUCCCUGCGCGAAGGCGUUUCCUUCAUACGACGAGUGUCGAGAGAGGUCGGCCGUGGAGAUACUGCCGUGAAUAGUUAGUCGUGUUGUCAUACAACACGAUGUCCGCGUCCGCGUUCGACGAGCUGGUGUCGGCGGUGUGGUGCGAGGCGCGGCAGGACGGCGGCGCGCUGCUGAGGGAGUUCACUGCGCCGGCCAGUGACACCAGUCGCGCACGCCGCGCGCUCCUGUUACCACAGCUGGCCGUCGUGCGCCAACGACUUGGUGGUCAUGGUCACCAGGGGAAGGACCCGGAGCGGGCAGCGCGCGCCGUCAUCCGGGCAAGCGAAGCGACCGCCGCCGAGCGCCACCUGGACGCCGUGCUGGCGCUCUCGGAGGCCGCCAGGUCCGCGGAAUGCCAGUCAAAGUUCGCGCCGCCGCAGAGCGAGCAGCUGUUGCACGCCCUGGAGGACCGCGCGGACGCCCUGCUGCGCCUGCACGAGCCGGAGGCCAGCCUGAGGGACUUGCUGUCGGUGAGAGAGGCGCUGGAGUCCUGCCAGCCCGCCACUGUGCAGCGACUCCUCAAGACACUGCUGGCCACGGCCUCCCGACUGGAGCGCCUGCGCGACCGUCCUCGGGCCGAGGCGGUCCUCCGGGAAGCCUUGAACGCCGUCCGCGACGCCGGCGAUCUCCUGGACGCCUCCGCCAAGACGGCGGCCGUGAGCGACAUCAUGGAGCGCGUCAAGAGGCUCUCCAGCAGUCUACUUGUUUCUGGCGGACAGCCGUCGCCGCCGCCGCUCGUGUCGUCCGGCCUCGACGCGCUGCCCAAGCUGUUCGCUGGCGCACACCCCAGCAUGCCGGCGGCGUCCGCGGCGCUGGAGCAGCGCGAGGAUGCCGUCAAGGGCCGCCACCUCGUCGCCACGCAACACAUUCCAGCAGGGAGCGCAGUCAUCGCGGAGACGCCGUUCGCCUGGUCGCUGUCCUUGGAGGAGACGCCGACCCACUGCCUGCACUGCUGCGCCCCCGUCCUGGCGAGCGUGCCCUGCGCCUUCUGCAGUGACGCGGUGUUCUGCGGCCGGGCGUGCCGGGACGCCGCGCUGCCCGCCUACCACUUGGCCGAGUGCGGCAUGCUCGGACAACUCGUGCCGCCACGGCCCGACGCCGAGCUCAGCCCCAUGGCCCUGCUCGCGUACCGCAUCGUGGUGCAGGCGGCGGGGCUGGCGGCCCAGGUCGCCGCGCGGACGGACGCCGUCGUUCUGCCGCGGGCCUUCGUCGAGCUCCACCAGGACCACCAGGACGGCGAGGGAAGGAAGAAGAAGGGGAGGAGGAGGAAGAAGGAGGAGGAUGGGUACGACGCCGUGUUCGCGCAGGUGACGCACUCGGACAGACGGACGCCGGCCGACCUGCUCAAGCGGUCCUUGACGGCGGCCUUCCUGACGUGCUGCCUGGAGGCCGUGCUGCAGGUGCGCCUCGCGCCCCGCGGGGAGGUCCUCGACGAGGUCCUCGACGAGGUCCUCGACGAGGAGCAGCGCGUCGUCCUGACCGCGGCCUUUCUCCGCCACCUCCAGGGCUGCUCCUGCAACGCGUACCAGAUCUCGGAGCACCGGCUGGCCGGCGGCUCGGUGCGCGCGGCGCGCGGCGUGGAGCUGGGCGGCGCCUGCUACCCCACCGUGUCCCUCGUGAACCACGCCUGCAGCCCCAACGUGGCGCGCCACUCGCACGGCAACGUCUGCGUCGUCAGGACCACCCGCGCCGUCGCCAAGGGCGCCGAGCUGCUCGACAACUACGGCCCCCACUUCCUGGAGCACGACCUGGAGGAGCGCCGCGCCGCGCUCGAGAAGCAGUACAUGUUCCAGUGCGCGUGCGUCGCGUGCGCCAACGACUGGCCUUCCCUGGAGGACUUGGAGCCGCACCCGCAGCAGAAACAGGGUCGCAAGGCAAAGCGGCCUCCCCCGGUCCACCAAACAGCGGAGCUCGCCGCCCAGAUGCACGCCGGGGUGCAAGAGCUGCUGCAGGGCCGCCUGGAGGAGGCCCUGCAGAGCGCCCUCAAGUACUCGGCGGCCCUGGCUGUGCAGCAGCAGCCCCACAAGCCGCCCUGUGGCGAGCAGGUGCGGGCGGACCAGGUCGUCUCGCUCUGCUGGAGUUUGGCCGGGAACACUGUCAGAUAUUGACCAAUUAAGUCCAAAUAAAUGUAUUCAACAUAGAAUCUCGCUUGAUGAGCUCUAUUUAUUUCCGUUUGCAUGUUUGCAUUGAUCCUACGGGACGCAGAGAAAUUUUCCUGCGUCGCAGUACGGUUGGAUGCCUACUCCCGGCGUUUACAGUGAGCGGCUGCAAUGAUCUGAACGUGUAUCAGCUCCUCCUGGGCUCCCCCUUAUCUGCCAAGGGUGUGCAUAUUUGAAUGACGCUUGAGUUUCCUUUUCCUUGAGCGACCAAACUGGAGCUUGAACACUACAAAAAUCGCAUCCA